AUGAGCGGAGGAGAAGCACAGAAUAAGAAAAAGAAGAUCGCCAUCAUCGGCGUCUCCGCUCUGAUUCUGGUGGCUAUGGUAGUUGCUGUAACUGUUGGGGUCACCGUGUCACGGCACAAAGGCAAAUCCGGCGGCGAGCAAACAUCCACGUCGACAAAGGCGAUCCAGUCGAUCUGCCAGCCCACGGACUACAAAAAAACCUGCGAGGACAACCUGUCCAAGGUGGCCAGCAACGUCACCGACCCAAAAGAGCUGGUCAAGGCAGGGUUCCAGGUCGCCAUCGACCAGCUCCGCGAGGUCAUCAAGAACUCCACGACCUUGAAGGAGCUUGCCAAGGACCCCAGCGCAAAUCAGGCCUUGCAGAACUGCAAGGAGCUCUUGGAGUAUGCCAUCGACGAUUUGGGUGACUCGUUCGAUAAGCUAGGUCCCUUUGACUUCACCAAGAUCGACGCCUACGUGGGGGAUCUCAAGAUCUGGCUCAGCGCUGCCAUGACGUACGAGCAGACUUGCCUGGAUGGGUUUGAGAACACCACCGGUGACGCUGGUGAGAAGAUGAGGCAGUUUUUGAAGACAUCUCAGGAGCUCACCAGCAACGGCCUUGCCAUGGUAAGCGAAGUGUCCACGUUGUUCAAGACUCUGAACAUCAAGACCGGGCGCCGCCUCCUCCAAGCCGCUGCCACGGCCACUGAUGAGAAGAGGUUCCAGAGGGCUAAGAUCAUCCCUGCUUGGAUAGACAACCGAAGGCUCGACCUCGCCACCGCCACUCCUCUGACGCUGAAACCCGAUGUGGUGGUGUCCAAGAAGGGAGAUGGCAAAUACAAGACUAUUAACGAAGCCUUGAAGGACAUCCCAAAGAACAACGAGGUGAAGGUCUUCGUGAUUUAUGUCAAGGAGGGAGUGUACGACGAGCAUGUCUUUUUCAAUAAGCACAUGACCAAUGUCAUGCUUAUCGGAGAUGGCCCUACCAAGACCGUUAUCACCGGUAGGAAGAACUACGCCGAGGGUACACAAACUUACCAGACUGCCACAGUUGCUGUUGUUGGAGACUACUUCAUUGCCAAGGACAUCGGAUUCGAGAACACCGCCGGAGCCAUCGGACACCAAGCCGUGGCUCUGCGUGUGCAGUCAGACUUGUCCAUUUUCUACAACUGCAACAUGGACGGGUACCAAGACACCCUCUACACCCAAACCCACAGGCAAUUCUACCGCGACUGCACCAUCAGUGGAACCAUCGACUUCAUCUUUGGGGACGCAGCCGCCGUCUUCCAAAACUGCAAGAUGAUCGUCAGGAAGCCAUUGGAGAACCAGGCCUGCAUGGUGACAGCCCACGGUAGACUCGAUAGGCGCUCACCCACAGCUCUCAUCCUCCAAAACUGCACCAUCUCCGGCGAAAGUGGCUACGACAAGGAACUCAACAAGGCCUACUUGGGCAGGCCAUGGAAAAGUUACGCUAGGGCCAUCGUCAUGCAAUCCCAGAUCGAUGACGUCAUCGCUCCCGAAGGGUGGAUGGAUUGGACCGGUGCCUCAAAUCACAACACAUGCUGGUUCGGUGAGUUCGGAAACAGGGGAGUUGGUGCAGAGCUGAGCAAGAGGGUUACAUGGCGCGGGAUGAAGAAGCUUACACCUGAGCACGCCGCCGAUUUCACCGCUGGCAAGUUCAUCUUCGGUGACAGAUGGAUUCUGCCCAGCGGUGUGCCUUACGUUGCUGGCAUGAUGACCGGAGUGUAG